AUGGGAAAGUCGGAGGGUAUUCGUGUAUUCCUGCGUCUUCGCCCACCCGCCGUGGAUCUCCCACGAUCUCUUAACAGUAUUACUACUACUACUACUAAUAAUAAUAAUAAUAGUAAUAAUAAUAAUGCUGUUAAUAGUAAUAAUAGUAUUAGUCAUCCACAGACCUACGCAGUGGAGCAUACCUUUGAUCGAUCUAUUGUUCGCUUUCACGUAGACCGGCGAACAGAGACGGAUGUUGUCAACAACACGGCGGAGGAUUUCCGUUUUGUUUUCCGCCGCGCCUUUGAGCCAAACGCCACGCAAGAAGAAGUGUUUAACACCGUUGCGAAGGAAUGUGUAUUGGCGGCGGUGGAUGGAUAUAAUAGUACCAUCUUUGCAUAUGGACAAACCGGAAGUGGAAAGACAUUUAGUAUUACGGGUGGAACAGAGAGUUAUAAUGAUAGAGGUAUUAUUCCACGAGCAUUAGCACUUAUAUAUGAAGAGAUUGCCCGUCGACAACAACAAGAGGAGUGUGUGUGUAAUAUUACGAUUUCUUAUUUACAGAUUUAUAAUGAUAAAGGACAAGAUUUAUUAAAUCAUGGUCGUGAUGCCCGUAAAUUAGAAGAACUCCCACAAGUGACUGUACAUGAAAGUGAAGAUGAAGUUGUUUUAAAAGGACUUGCUCAACAUAGUGCUCCUACUACAGAAGCCGCAUUAAAUCUUCUCUUCUUGGGUGAUACCAAUCGUCUUUAUUGUGAAACGCCAAUGAAUAAAACUUCUUCUCGUUCACAUUGUGUAUUUACUGUUUAUAUUGAAACUCGUCCACAUGGUGGAAGUGGGGCAACUGUGCGGCGAUCCAAAUUAAAUCUUGUCGAUCUCGCCGGUAGUGAACGUGUUGCCAAAACGGGUGUACGUGGAACUGUUCUUACAGAGGCUAAACACAUUAAUCUCUCUUUACAUUACUUGGAACAAGUUAUUAUGGCACUUAGUGAACAGGCAAGUGGAAAACGUGAUCACGUGCCUUUUCGAAAUUCAUUCAUGACGAUGGUUUUGCGGGAUUCAUUAGGAAGUAAUUGUCGCACCAGUAUGUUAGCCACAGCACAUCCUUCAUUAGAUCAAUUACCAGAGACUAUUAGUACCUGUCGUUUUGCGCAACGAGUCGCACUGAUUAAACAAGAGGCUCAUAUUAAUGAAGAGAUUGAUCCUCAUUUACUGGUACGUCGAUUAAAGAUAGAAGUACAACAAUUACGAGAUCAAUUGGCUUUUUAUACAAAAGAUGGUGGAGGUGCCCCUGAUCGUGUUUUAAGUGAUGAUGAGAAGUUAAGAUGUACUGAAAUGGUAGAUCGAUAUGUAGCGGAUACAAAUGGGGAAUCUCGUAUGGAGGGAUUUGAUGGGGAUCUCGCCCGUAUUUAUUACUGUUUUGAUGUGAUGAAGCGAAUGUUAACAAGUAAUGGAAUCCAUCAUGCGAAUAGUAAUAAUAAUAAGAAUAUGUUGUUAAGUAAUAGUUUUCCAAGUCCUUCAGGAGGAGGAGGAGGAGGAGGAGGAAGUACUGGUUUCUCUAGUGAACCAUCUUCCUCCUCUUAUCAACAACAACAACAACAACCAAUAGAAGCUUAUAUUUCUCGCAUUGAAGCUCUUGAAAUGAGUUUACAACAAAAAGAAAAUGAAAUGAAUAUGUUAUUUGAUGUUCUUCAACGAACCCAACGGCCACGGUUUAAUGCGGAAACUCAAACAGGUCUCAACACAAAUAAUCCAUCAUCUAUACAAUCUCAACCCAUAUCUUCUCCCCAAUCCUUAUUAUUAGGAAAUCUUACCUCCUAUCCAACCUCUAUGCCGGGUAAUAAUAAUAAUUAUAAUAUUAAUAAUAAUAAUAAUAAUACUAUGGGUGGUACCUUUUCUCCUUCUUCACUUUCUCCUUCUCCUUUAACGACAUCCAUCAAUACAACAACAACUACUACUACUACUUCUUCUCCACCAGUACUGCGUCGUGCUUUACCGGAACAUCUUCAACCCGCGCAGGCCACUGCCGUAGAUGAGUUCUUCCGCAAACAACAACAAUUAAAUGAAGUGUAUGAUCUCUCCGCCCUCACAGAUGCGGAUCUUCUACAAGACCGCGCUAUUGCCUUUGAAGCCUUUAAGCGUUCCUACCGUCAAUGUACAAAAGUGGAGGAAAAUAAACGAGAAUUAAAAGGACGAUAUGAAACCUGUAAAGCCACCGCACGACAAUUAAAUGAAACUGUAGAUCGUAUUAAACAAGUAAAAGCACAUAUUCAACGUCUACGAGCUGAACGGGCUAUGCAAGGUGUGGAAGAAGUAGAUGAAACGGAACGGGCCGCAUUGGAAGAGUUAACCACACAAAAGAAUGCCUAUAAUGAAUUGGCAGAAUCUCUUAGACAACAAAAGGAAGCCAUUGAUGCUAUGCAUAUUUUUAUGAAACGUGCACAAGAACAGUUAACAAAAGACUUUGAAGAUUGGCUUCAAAUUCGACAGAAACAACUUACUUUGGCAACUGGUGGUAGUGGUGGUGUAGGGAAUCAUCCCAACAAACUUAAAAAUGGAAGUGGAAAUGAAAACAAUAACAACAACAACAAUGGUGAAAAUACGGCGACUUUACUCUCAUCUUCUUUGCGAUCCCAAUCGAGUCAACAGAAUGAACAUGCAUCACAUCAACAAUCAUUCUCAAGGACAACAAUGGGAAUGUCCCUCCCAAUAACAACAACAAGAACACCACCGGAAUUACCACCAUUACGAGAAGAGAAAAUAGGAUCUGCACGCACAUGGGGAGGAGGGGCUCACUCUAUGAAUAUCAUUAUGAAUAAUAGUAGUAACAGCAAUAGUCAUCAUCCUAACCAUCAUGGUGUUGUUGUUAGUAAUACUAGUAGUGGUAGUAAUAAUACUGGAUGGUCUUUGGGAAAUACAAUGAAUAGCAAUGCACCUUUAAAUCCUGCGGAACGACUUCCACCUCAUCCGGCUACGGCUCCCUCAACUUUAAUGACAACAGGACAAGGACGAUUAACACCUCCAUUAUCUGAUCGAGCCUCUUCCUUAACACUCGCCCCAUUGAGUUUUCCAUCCAACACAAAUACAAAUGGAUGGAUGAAUGGUGGAAAUGGAACCACUGCUAGUACUGCUGCUUCUGCUGCUGGUAAUAAUGUUGUCUAUAGUAACAGUCAUCAUCCCAAUAUGAAUAGUAACAGUGGAACAGGCGUAAUGAGUUCAUUGGGAAACACCGGGGGAUCUCAUCAUGUACCUAAUCCAUAUGCACCGGAACACCGUUCAACGGGAGAUGCGGCGGCAGAUAAACAACUCGCUGAAUUGUAUAAGGCACGUGAUGCAAUGCGUUUACAAUUUCAAUCAUAA